GUAAAUAAAUUGUGUUGUCAUAGAUACACUGAGAUAACAAAGCUAUUUGACUCUGCAAGUCGUGUGGAUAGGAUUAAACGUAGAAACAUUUUGUGAUUCCAUCAUGUUUCCUUUAAACAGCUAUUGGUGUAGACAACUCCAGACUGCGAGUCCUGCAAUCCCUUACAAGGACUGCGAGGAAGCUCAAGAUGGUGAGGUAACUCAGGGCUAUCAGGAUGACGGGGCCAGGUCCAUGAUGAGCGACCCAACUAACGAGAAGAUAUUACAUUCAAAACCGACGGACAAAGACAUUUUUUUAAGGUUAUGUUUUGAAAACAAAGAACAGCAAACGAAGGAACUUGAACAAUCACGCCACUGCAGCUCUUGCGUGGAAACAGAAAAUACAACUCACAAUUCAAGAGAUGAUUUGACAGCCAUUAUGGAAAAGCUAGAAGAGAAUCAUAAAUCAAUUACAGAAAGGACUGUGUUACUGUUUACGGACUAUAAUGCACUUUCAGAUGAACUUAAGAAAUGCCAUGAGACAGUAAAUGAAGAUAAUGUGAUGAAGACCGAGUUUCUGAAACUGAACACUAAAAUUGCUGACUUGGAAAAGCAGUACUUCAGUGAAGCGGGAGAAACCAGGAGAACCAUAAAAAAACUGAAGGAGACUGUUAAUAAGAUCUCAUCAGAAAAUGAAGAACUGUUUGUUGCAAUGACAGAGACGUUUGAGCAGCGUCACAAUGAAAUGGACAGAAAUGAGUUUCUGAAACUGAACGCUAAAAUUUGUGACUUGGAAAAGCAGUACUUCAGUGAAGCGGAAGAAACCAGGGAAACCAUAAAAGAACUGAAGGAGACUGUUAAUAAGAUCUCAUCAGAAAAUGAAGAACUGUUUGUUGCAAUGACAGAUACGUUUGAGCAACGUCACAAUGAAAUGGACAGAAAUGAGUUUCUGAAACUGAACGCUAAAAUUGCUGACUUGGAAAGGCAGUACUUCAGUGAAGCGAAAGAAACCAGGAAAACCAUAAAAGAACUGAAGGAGACUGUUAAUAAGAUCUCAUCAGAAAAUGAAAAACUGUAUGUUAGAAUGACAGAGAUGUUUGAGCAGCGUCACAAUGACAUGGAGAGGUAUGAGAAAGCUAUGGAACUAUUGAAUGAGGCUGUAGAGAAAAUAUUGUCUGAAAACAAGAAGCAGAAGCAGGAAAUUUGUGAUGAUGCUAGUGAUGACACGACAGUUUCCACACAUGAUGAAGAGGUGGAGCACCUCAAUAAAAAAGGAAGCAGGAAAAUUAAGUAUAAGCAUAAUCAAAUCGAGUUUAAUAAACAUGCCUACAAAGGCAUUGCCAAGAAUAUUCUUCAAUACCAGGCAAUGAAGACCACUCUUACAGAUGAAAAUGCAAUAUGCAGGUCUAUCUGUGACAGGUGCAAAGGGUUUACCAGACCAGCUGAACCUUCAGGAACGCACCUUCCAACAUUAGAUGACUUCAACUUAUUGAACGUAUUAGGAUCUGGUGGUUUUGGAAUGGUUCACUUAGUCCGCAAGAAUGGUGGCGAAGACAACAGAAAAUUAUAUGCCAUGAAGUUGAUAGGUUUGAACGAGAAGACCUCUGAACACACUUUAUUUGAACAGUGCAGGGUAGAAUGCUAUAUACAUGAAAGAGCUGCUAACACUCCCUUCCUGGUGCCACUGUACUACGCAUUCCACACACAAUCACACCUACUCCUUGUAGUGGAAUAUUAUCCAGGUGGUGACAUGAGUAAUCUAUUAUCGGAGAAGAAAAGGUUUACAGAGAAUGAAGCUAGAUUAUAUAUGGCAGAAAUUGUCCUGGCUGUAGAGUAUCUACAUCAUCAGAUAAAUGUAAUCCACCGGGACCUUAAACCAGAAAAUAUAUUGAUUGACAGUCAGGGUCAUAUUGCGAUCACAGACUACGGGUUAAGUAGACACAUUCCGAGACAUGUAAAGGAUAAGCAUGCUUCUUCUGAAUGUGGCACAGGACAGUACAUGGCUCCAGAGGUUGUCUACAGCAAAGGCUACAGUUUUGAAGUAGAUUGGUGGAGCACAGGGGUAAUUUUAUACGAAAUGAUUGCUGGGCACCAACCUUUCGAAAGACACCGCAUUAUAUCCAGUAGACGAGAUUUUCCAACGGAUUUUUCAUCAGAAGCAGCAAAUCUGGUCAUCAGACUGUUAAAGAAAAAUCCGAAAAAACGUUUAGGAUUUGGGAAAAAUAAUUCUGUGGCCAUCAAGAAGCAUAAUUUUUUCCAUGGCAUAAAAUGGAAAGAUGUUGAAAGAAGGGCGAUAAAAAUGCCAUACCAGCCAUACGAUGACAUUACGAGUAGCGUCGCUUCUGAUUCAACAGAUAGUAAUCACACCGUUGUGGGCACAGACCAGGAAGAUGUGUUAAAGAAGGCGACAAGCGUUUCAAACCAGCAAAAUUGUGAAACUUCUCAUUCGACAUCUAGCGUUGACAAUGCUGAGGUAUGCUUAUACGUAGCUCCACAACUGAGGCCUGAAGGAAAAUGCGAAACACAAACUUCUCAGAAGCACCCAAGUUCAAAUCGAUGUCAGAAUGAACAAUGGGGAAGCAUCAGAGGACUGACCUGUAUUUGUACUGAAGAGUUUGGUAACAGAACUGAAAAGAAGAAGAAAUACUGUGGCAAGAGGUGGUGGGAUCAAUUGCGCAAAAAGUACUAAAGUAUCGCCUGAGAUCUCGUCGGGAUCACGCCAGCCAUCAGGAGUGAGCUGCAGUGCACAUUUAAAGUGACAUUGUCUUCAAAACCUUUUGGGUCUGUCUAUAUUUGAAAGGAUAAUAUCAGGUGGGAUCUAUCGGAGAUAGGAGUUGAAGGCGAUUGGAUUUUGCUGGCCCAAGACACAGACCAGUGGAGGGCUUUGGUUAGUUCGGUGAUGAACAAUGAACCUUUGGGUUCCCUAAGCCAUCUACUUAGUUAUGUUUGUCUGUCUGUCAUCCCCACUUUCAGUCACCAUCUAAGAGGUCAUCUUCCCCCAGCAUUGUUCUUUCUUCCCAGGUCUUUGCCCUAUUCUGCAUACCCACAGUUUGGUGCUUUGCCGACACGGCUUGAUCCUCACACCUUUGCCAGCCCACCUCGCUACAAUAUUCUCCUCUGAAGUUUGCAACCCCCUGGGCUAAUACCACCUUGGGUUAGAUGACAAAGGCCACUAAAAUACCAGGAGGAUGUGAUCAUGGAAUGACCCCAGGCAGGGGAAAAUUGUAAUUUUAACCUCAAAGCUUUAAUCACAACUUUCACAUGCAUAAUCUGGGUGUGUUCCCAUAGGUGAGGUCCCAGUCUUGCCUUGGCCUGGGUCAUCUAACCUAACGAGGUAGAAGCCCAGAUAUUCCAAAUCUGUGAGGAAAAUAUUAUAGGGAGGGUAAGCUAUGAGGAGCAAGCCUUGAGGGCAGAGCCCCAAAGUGACUAAUCGAAACGGGUAAAAGGCCUGGGGAGAACAGCUCUGCCGAAGGAAGACCUAUGGUGUAAACCUCCUGGGGGAAAAAAAACAUCACAGUGCACUCUCCUAGAUAGAUGUCAGCACCCUUUAGGUGUCAUUUUAAUAAAAAAGUAGCAAUUUAUUUAGUGUGAUAUUUUUACAUUUUAAUAUUUGUGAUCAUUAAUUAAUACUUGUAUGUAUCUGUAUUUUAUUCCACAUCUAUUUUCAAUGUGACUAACUUUUGGAUGCAUGGAAUGUAUGUAUUACAUCACAAGAAGAUGGAAAAAUAAAAUAAUACUGGCUUCCCUCUCA